GAAUUUUUGAAAUCUAGGCUACAAGAAAACGUGCACUGUACGAACUACUUACGCUUCCCACAUAUAUCUUUGACCAUCAAACUGUCAGAAAUUGAUGCUUUAGUCAAUAACCAUUACUUACCUUCUUUUAAAGUGUAAGUGAAUGCUAUGAAGCAACUAUAUCGUCAAUUUUUUGUUCUCUUCCAUAUGUUUUCUCAGACUUCCCAACCAACCAACAAAGGGGAAUUAAAUUCGAACAAAGGGGAUAUUAAGGGGAAAAUGCGUUGAAAAAUGAAGGAGAAACGCUCCAAAAUUUCUUUUUUUUGCCUGUCCGGGGGAAAUAAUGCGGACUUCCCCGUUUUUGUCGCUCUGUUGCUCAAAUGUCACCGAAUUGUCUACUUUUCCUCCAACUUUCAAAGCACUCUUGGCAUAACCUCAAAAAUCCCCUAUGUUCGCCUUUAUCCCCACAACGCACCACACUAAAACUGCAAUCCACGGGAAAAGUGGUACAUGUUUAAAUAAAUUUAUUGAACAGGAAGACGUAUUAUCAUACAACAUUAUAGCAGAAGCUUGAGCAUCAAUCGUUAUGCAUUUUCACUAUAAUCGCCAAUUCAUUGUUAUUUGAAAAGAUAUGAAAAGGAAGAAACAAAUGAUGUAUUAUUAAUAGGGUGUGUGUAUUUAAUCGCAAGUUCACUGAAAAUCAAACACACUUUCUCAACACUUAAAUAGUUUCCCAUGUAAGAAAGCAAAUUACUUCCGAAUUAAAUCUCAACAUACUAGAGAAUGAGGAUCAAGCAUUAACAACUAGUCAUUACAAAUAAAUGGUGUAUGAAUUUAUCUGGAGUCUUCCAAUUUGUUUAUCCGUAUAUUUUUCAUGGGUAUUUAGUCGAUGGAUAGACAGGAAUCUUCUUCAAAACCGUCUUCAAGUCUCAGGACUGAACUAGAUGUUCCCUCGGCAGAUACUUGUUCGACUGUUUCCUGUGGAUAUAACCUGCGACCAUCAGGAAGUGUAUCGUCGAUUGCCUCAUCAUUCACUGCAACUAAAAGUGAGUUGGUGACUAAGUAAGUGUGAUUUCUGAGGUCGGAAGGGAUUUACUGUUUGUUAGAAACUACUUAGUUGGGAGUAUAGCUGGAGGUGCUGGCUCUUUAUUGGGAAUAAGGGAACUAAACAAGAUAAUUCCAGGUAGUAACAUAGAUAUCCAAGUUGUUACGUGGAAUAUGUUAUCCAUGAAGUCUCAGUUUUAUCCGGAAGAUUUAAGUGAUCUUUUCUUCAGUGGGUCUUCCGAGGAAGCUGCAAGCAUUUAUGCCAUUUGUAUACAAGAAUGUUCUUCCGAAAAAAAUGAACUUCUUGUGAGAUUGCAAGCUGCUAUUGGCAUAAAACAUGUUCUGUUUACAUAUGCAACCCAUGGGACAUUGGCUUUAGUGAUAUUUCUAAAUCGUGAUCUUAUAUGGUAUACUUCAGUGCCUCAGUCAGUUGGAGUCACAACUUCAGCUGCCGUACGAACUAAAGGAGCUGUAGCUAUUUGCUUUAUACUUUUUGGUACAUCGAUUUUAUUCCUCUCAGCUCAUUUUAAAGCUAACCAUACAAAUUUUGAACGGAGAGUUCAAGAUUAUUUACAAGUAGUGAAUAAUAUUAAUCUACCAAAAGUUGGUUUUAACAAAGGAUAUAAAUACGAAGAAUCCAACCCAUUGGAUCGGUUCGAUGUUGUUUUCUGGGCAGGAGAUUUAAAUUUUCGAAUACAACGACCAAGACAUAUUGUCGAAAACAUAAUUAAAGGAAAAUAUAAGCAUAGAACAUUUGAAGAACUUUUGUCGGUUGAUGAAUUACUCAAUGCACAGUCACAAGGUAUCAUCUUUCAGAAUUUUGACGAAGGCCGUAUUCGCUUCCCUCCAACUUACAAAUUUGAUCUCAAUUCAGAUGCUUACGACUCAUCAGAAAAACAACGCGUUCCAUCAUAUACAGACAGAAUAUUGUUCAUGUCAAAAAAGAAAGACAAUUUGAUCUGCUUAGAUUACAACAGUAUUAAUACAAUCCGUUCAUCGGAUCAUAGACCUGUGUUCGCACUAUUCAGUUUAGUUUUAAGACCUGGAUCUGAUAACAUUGCGUUAGCAGCUGGUGCAUUUAAUAGGGAGAUAUACAUAGCAGGCAAUCAACGUCGUGCUCUACGUUUAGAUAAACUAAAAUCAAGAAAAAGUACAAUUCAUGCUAGAGUUUGUACUAUUCAGUGAGAUUUUCAUUACCACAAAAAUGGAUAAGAAUGCAAAUAAAUUACAACAUUUGAAACAAUUAUUUCAUGUACAACCUACCAAUUUUCUAUUCAAAUAAAUUAUUUUUUAAACC